GCGCUGCCCGUGUACGUUCCAGCUGACUCUUGCUACGAUUCCGAGCGCUCGCUUUACCGAGUGCCCGGAGAAAGGAAAGAAAGAAAGGGAGUGCGAGAGAGAGAGAGAAAGAGGUUGCGGAGGUUAGCGACAAAAAUAACGAGAGAGAAAGAGAGAGAGAACAACAAAGAAGGCAGAGGAAUAAUAACAGCCAUCAGUCUUAACCAUGAUAGCUUACGUUUAAAUUAUUUUUCUAUUUUAUUUUAAAGCGGAACCAUUUUUUUCAUUUGCAUACAUUUGUUUUAAAUCAGAGUAAGACAUCGAUCCUCGAUACGGAGUUUUCCCGAGGUCUGUCGAUUCGAUUUAGUCCGAUUUUAUAGUUUACUCACAGUUUCCUGCAGACUGUGCACAAUUUUUUAUCUCUGCCUCCAUGGACGUCCGUCUCAUUCAACUCAUACGUUUUUUCGGGGAAUAUUUCUGCCCUGGCCGAGACGAGCAUCAAAUAAACCCGAUGACAGUUGUCGACAAUUGAGGUGCAAUCCCGCCGAAGAUCAAAGCAACGAUUUCUGCAAACGAUAAUCGUCAGAAUAAAGGGAGACGGUGCGCUUUUGAGAGGAUGAAGAACAACUCCAGCCUUUCCACUUGAGCGGACCUUACAGGACGUCAAUUCACUUCGCUUUUCCAGUGGGAACGGAUUAGGAGAAGCGCUCGAAGAAUUGUAAAUGUUCGUAAACCUACAUCUACAUCCUGAGCCAUUUAUUCAACUGCCAAACUCAGUUUUUAGUACAUUUCUGCUUCAGAUCGGAACAUUAUAACCUGCUCACCUGUCUAGUGAUCUCAAAAGUUAUUUUAACUGACUCAAGCUGGACUUUUGGUGCUCCGCCGAGGAAUGUCCAGACCAAUUUCUCAGCUAUUGCCACCUGACCUUCCGGCAGGGACCAGUCCACAGCUCGGACCUUCUAACCCUGCAGGUACCACCACCAAUGGCCACCCGAAUAACUCCAUGGCCAGUCUAAAAUCUCUUCUUCAGCUGCCUAUUAAAGGGGACCAGAGAGCAAAAGACUGCUGUGAGAUGAAAGAUAAAGACAAACCUUCGGACUCUGAUGAGGAUUCGUUGGGUGGAGUCGGGGGCAUGAACGGCGGCAACGGCGCCCUUCGCUCCACCAAUCAGCCAGCCUUCCUCGGACCGUUGCUAUGGGAGCGCUCGUUGCCGUGAGACGGCGGCCUGUUCCAGCUCCAGUACAUGGACCUGGAGGAGUUCUUGACGGAGAACGGGAUGGGGUGCAUGCCGUCGGGGAACACCUGCAGUACGGCCGCCCAGGUGCCCUCCCAGAGCACGCAGUCAGCCGUUCCCAGCCAGAGCUCCCAGUGCCCCCCAUCUUCCUCUCCACCGUGCUCUUCCUCCGCUUCCUCCAUAUCAUCCCUGUCCUCUUCGUCCUCGUCAUCUUCGUUGCUGGGACUGGACGUGCCGCAGGGGCCCGGACUGCUGGGAGGUCCUGAGUGUCUACAUGGGGCUCAAACUGUACCACCUGACCCCUCUCCAAGCCCAUCCUGCCCACCUCCGCCGGUAGUUCCGCCCACUAACGCGUCCGACGUCAUGGUGAACUUCGAUCCGGACCCCGCUGACCUCGCCUUGUCCAGCGUGCCGGGUCAGGAGGCGUUUGAUCCGCGCCGGCAUCGCUUUACGGAGGACGAGCUGAAGCCUCAGCCCAUGAUUAAGAAGGCCCGGAAAAUGCUUGUUCCAGAUGAACAUAAGGACGACAAGUACUGGAGCCGGCGCUACAAGAACAACGAAGCGGCGAAGCGUUCCCGCGACGCCCGCCGUCUAAAAGAGAACCAGAUUUCCGUCCGAGCAGCGUUCCUGGAGCGGGAAAACGCCACCCUCCGUCAGGAAGUCGCCGAGAUGCGAAAAGAGCUGGGCCGCUGUCGCAACAUCAUCAACAAAUACGAGAGCCGCCACGAAGACUUAUGAAAGGAGAAAAGAAGAACAGAAACGAGAGAGAGACAUUUUUAAACGCGUGUUUUAAGGGCUGUCCUGGAAUGCCAUUUUCUCUUUCUCUUAUUGUUUUUCAAAUAAGCACUACGAUGCUCUUGUCACAAAUGUACAUUUCGUAAGCGCAGGGAUCGGGUGAACGGGGUGGCGUGGUGCUUGAUUGAAACAAAUACUUGAAAUGUGCAAUUUGGACGGUGAACAGGAUGUUCACAAGGUCUACCUUGCGCAAGUGCACACGAUACAGUCACUAAAUCGAGUAGAUGGUGCAUGAUGUCACGUAGCCCUUGUGAACAUCCUCCUCCCACACGGGACGAUUUUCUCCGAGAGAGAGUUCUAAAGGAGAUGGUAGAGAUGUAAUUUUUUCUAUGACAAAAAAACCUUGUAUAUUUUUGAACUGUUAGGGUCAGAUAUAAUAGAGCAGAAGAACGGGAGGAGGAAAUGUGGGCGGCGACGAGAGCUCGGAAGAGAUUUUGACAUAGGAAAACUGUAUAUUUUUAUACUUGCAGAGGCAGGCUGGUGACGAGAUUUUGGAAAUAAUCUUUUUUGUAUAUUUUAUAUAGGGGUGGGGAAGCUGGCUGUAUGAAGAAGUGCAGGAGCGCUAUUGCUAAAUGAUAUAUUUUUAACAUCAGACGCAGUUAGGCAGGUCAGGAAGAUAUAGUUCGAAGAACGUCAAUAAGAGAAACAGAGAGCUCAUAAGAAACUCCGGCAUGGAGAGAAAUGGCACGCGAAGGUGAAAACUGUAUAGUUUUAAAUGAUUUUCAUCAUGGGUUUGUUCAAGCACUCUCUUUGAUUCCUUUUCUUAAAUUCAGUAUGUGUGUGUGUGUGUUUUAUCCUGUGGUGAGAGAGGGGAGAGAGACUAAGAAAGAGAGAGACCGACAUCCUUUCACUAUGCUUGGAGGGUCUCCACAUUUUCAAAUGUAUAUAUUUAAUAAAUCCACACACGUUUUCAAGCCAACUGGACGUGGGUUUUCACGGAGGCUCUCUUAAGAACUGAAGAGCUGUGAAUCACAGGCCCGUGUUCACUUCAGCAAUAUUCUCACUCUCUGUUUCUGCGUCUCGAUCUCUCCUCCUUGAGCUUUUGACGUUGUGAACCGCAUUGGUGCUGGUGUGGCAUCCGCGGCGAGUGGGUUGCAUGCUGGCGCAUGCUUGCGUAUUUUCCGGCGUAGGAACACGCACUCGUGUUUUAUAUGGUGCUCACCCAGUCUCUUGACCCGAACGCACAUAACCCAACAGUUUGCCUAUAACCUUUUGUUCUUUUGUUUCGUUCAUUGUACGAGGAAUGGUGUAUAUGUAGAUCUUCUAUACAUUUCCUCAGAAAAUGAGCCUCACACCCCCCCCCCAAAAAAAGACAUGCACCCUAAUACUAAUGUACCAUACAAAUGACAAUAUAUUAUAUAAACUACUAUUAAACAAUUCCUUCACUAGA